AUGUCCGGGGUAGUGAGGACCCUCAGCCGCUGCCUGCUGCCGGCCGAGGCCAGCGGGCGGGAGCGCCGGGGCGGCGGCGGCAGCAGCGGCGGCAGCCGGGACUCGGAGCGGGAGGCCCGGCGGCGGAGCCGGGAGAUCGACGCGCUGCUGGCCCGGGAGCGACGGGCGGUGCGGCGCCUGGUGAAGAUCCUGCUGCUGGGGGCGGGCGAGAGCGGCAAGUCCACCUUCCUGAAGCAGAUGCGCAUCAUCCACGGCCGAGAGUUCGACCAGAAGGCGCUGCUCGAGUUCCGGGACACUAUCUUCGAGAACAUCCUCAAGGGCUCAAGGGUUCUAGUUGAUGCUCGAGACAAGCUUGGUAUUCCUUGGCAGUAUUCAGAAAAUGAGAAGCAUGGGAUGUUCUUAAUGGCCUUUGAAAAUAAAGCUGGGAUGCCUGUUGAACCUGCCACUUUCCAACUCUAUGUACCUGCUCUGAGUGCUCUUUGGAGAGAUUCUGGCAUCAAGGAAGCCUAUAGCCGCAGGAGUGAAUUUCAGCUGGGUGAAUCUGUGAAGUAUUUCCUGGAUAACUUGGACCGGAUUGGCCAGCUGAAUUAUUUUCCUAGUAAACAAGAUAUUCUGCUGGCCAGGAAAGCCACGAAAGGAAUUGUGGAACAUGAUUUCAUUAUUAAAAAAAUACCUUUCAAGAUGGUUGAUGUGGGUGGUCAGCGAUCUCAGCGUCAGAAGUGGUUCCAGUGUUUUGAUGGAAUCACCUCAAUCCUAUUCAUGGUCUCCUCCAGUGAAUAUGACCAGGUCCUCAUGGAGGACAGGCGCACCAAUCGGCUCGUCGAAUCAAUGAACAUCUUUGAGACCAUCGUCAACAACAAGCUCUUUUUCAACGUUUCCAUCAUUCUCUUCCUCAAUAAAAUGGACCUCCUAGUGGAGAAGGUGAAGACUGUCAGCAUUAAGAAGCACUUCUCAGACUUUAAGGGUGACCCUCAUAGGCUGGAGGAUGUUCAGUGCUACUUAGUUCAAUGUUUUGACAGAAAAAGGCGGAACCGAAGUAAGCCACUCUUCCACCAUUUCACCACUGCCAUAGACACUGAAAACAUCCGCUUUGUGUUUCAUGCUGUGAAGGACACAAUCCUGCAAGAAAAUCUGAAGGAUAUUAUGUUGCAGUGAAGGAUAAAGUCCCCUUGCUUUUGUCAUCCUUAAAUGGACUCAAGGGCUAUCGGUCAGAUGAGGCGUGUGUGUGUGUGUGU